AUGGCUCAUUUCAUUGGCAAUAAUAAUAUUAAACCAUUUCCCUUAAUCUUGUCUCUAGCACUAGUCUUUCUUUUCUUCCAUGCAUCAUCUUGUGCAGCAAAAGUUGUGGAAGUUGAAGAAAUUUGCAGCAAAACAGGUGAUAUCUCUUCCUAUUGCGAAGAUAUUCUAAACUCAAAGCCCGGUGGAGCAAAAGGAUCAGACAUUGAUUCUUUGGCACAAUUCACAAUUGAAGUUCUUCGUUCCAAUAUUACAAACACAACAACUUUUCUCAAAUCUUUGAUUGCACGUGGUGGUGACCCUGACUUAUUAGAUGUCUAUGAUGGUUGUUUAGACAACCUUAGUGGUGAUAGAGGUGCACUAAAUGAAAUUGAUCCCAUGCAACAAAGUUUGAAGGCACGUAGUUACAAAGCUGUCACAACCGAUCUUAAUAAGGUUGAUCAGGACAAUGCUGAUUGUUUUAAUGACUUUAAGGAUGCAGUUUUACGUGAUAAAUCGGGGCUUCCACAGUAUACUCGUCAAAUAUCUCAAGCUACUACUAUAAUCAAGGCCAUAUCUACAUUUUGGUUCUCUAAUUAA